AGGAUAUCAGGUGGAGAGAAGAUUUGUUCCUGGGACAAAGUGGUUGGUGUUUUCCGUUCAUGGAAAUGCUAUCGGGGAGAUUGAAUAAAAGGAAACCAUGAUGGCCCGAGCCCAGCUGCACUGCUUGUGUCUCCUCACACUUUAUUUGACAACCGGGCGUGGCCAGGAGGGGAAGUUCAGUGGACCCCUGAAGCCCAUGACGUUCUCUAUUUUCGAAGGCCAAGAACCGAGUCAGAUCAUAUUCCAGUUUAAGGCCAGUCCUCCUGCUGUGACUUUCAAACUCACCGGGGAGACGGAUGGAAUAUUUGAGAUACAACCAGAUGGGCUUCUAUAUCACAACAGAGCUCUGGACAGGGAAACAAGGGCUGUUCACAAACUCCAGGUCUCAGCCUUGGAUGCUCAGGGAAAUACGGUGGAGGGUCCGGUCCCCAUCACAGUAGAAGUGAAGGACAUCAAUGACAAUCGACCCACGUUUCUCCAGUCAAAAUACGAAGGCUCAGUAAGGCAGAAUUCUCGCGCAGGAAAGCCUUUCAUGUAUGUCAAUGCUACAGACCUGGAUGAUCCAGACACUCCCAAUGGCCAGCUUUUUUAUCAGAUUGUCAUGCAGCUUCCCAAGGUCAACGAUGUCAUGUACUUUCAGAUAAACAACAAAACAGGGGCAAUAUCACUUACCCUUGCAGGAUCGAAGGAAUUGGAUCCCAGUAAGAACCCUUUCUAUAGUCUGGUGGUCUCAGUGAAGGACAUGGGAGGCCAGACUGAGAAUUCCUUCAGUGACAGCACAUCUGUAGAUAUCACGGUGAAGGAGAAUAUUUGGAAAGCACCCGAACCUGUGGAGAUUGUGGAAAACUCGACUGAUCCUCACCCCAUCAAAAUCACUCAGGUGCGGUGGAAUGAGCCAGGUGCUCACUAUUCCUUAGUCGAAAAGGAGAGGCUGCCAAGAUUCCCGUUUUCAAUUGACCAGGAAGGAGAUAUUUAUGUGACUCAGCCCUUGGACAGAGAAGAAAAGGAUUCAUACGUUUUCUACGCAUUUGCAAAGGAUGAGCUUGGAAAACCACUUGCACUCCCACUGCAAAUUCAUGUGAAAGUUAAAGACAUUAAUGAUAACCCACCGACGUGUCCACCUACAAUGCCGGUCUUUGAGGUCCAGGAGAAUGAACAAAUAGUGAGCAGUAUUGGGACGCUGGUUGCCCACGACAUGGAUGAAGAAAACACUGUCAACAGUGUUCUACAUUACAAAAUUGUGGAUCAGUUCCCUAAGUUUCCCAAAGAUGGACUCUUCCUCAUCCAGAGCUACACGGGGGUGUUCCAGUUAGCCAUGCAGUCCUUGAAGAAGCAAGACGCUUCCCAGUACCUCUUGACCGUGGAGGUGUCCGACAAAGAUUUCCAGACCCUCUGUCAAGUGAAAAUCAACGUUAUUGAUAUCAACGAUCAGAUCCCCAUCUUUGAAAAAUCAGAUUACGGAAACCUAACUCUGGCCGAAGACACAGCCGUUGGGUCCACCAUCUUGACCAUCCAGGCCACGGAUGCUGAUGAGCCGUUUACUGGGAGUUCUAAAAUCCUGUAUCGAAUUACACAGGGAGAUGAUGAGGGGCGACUGGGGAUUGACACCGAUCCCCAAAACAACACUGGAUAUGUCAUAAUUAAAAAGCCUCUUGAUUUUGAAACGACAGCCAUUCACAACAUUGUGUUCCAAGCGGAAAAUCCGGAGCCUCUGGUGCCUGGUGUUCAGUACAAUGCCAGCUCGUUCGCCACGUUCACCCUUUUUGUGACAGAUGUGAACGAAGCCCCUCAAUUUCCCCUGCACAUAUUCCAAGCAAAAGUCAGUGAAGACGUGGCCAUAGGCACCAAAGUGGGCAACAUGAUUGCCAAGGAUCCGGAAGGUCUGGACAUAAG